GGAGGAGGAGGAGGAUGGCAGCAGCUUUGCAGCCACUGCUGGUCACCUUGGUUUGGGCUGGUGUCCUGCUCCUCCCAACAGCGACCCAUGGCGCCGCCCUCGCUCAGCCCCGGACCCUGCCUUUCUCUUGGAACCUUGGGCAAAUGGCAAGGGCCCUGCAGUUGGACUGGCCACCUGGUUCCCCCAAGGCAGCCCUGCUGGCCCAGGCCCUAGAGCGGCUCCUCGAGGCAGAGGCCGGGUGGCAGGAGUGGGAACGGGAGACCAAGGCUGAAGCUGCUGCCCUGGCCCAGCUCCUCUUGCGCCUGUGGCGGGGCUCCCAUCUUGAGCCUGAGGUCAGCAUGGAAGAGGCAGUGUCACUUGGUCCCCAGACCCAAGCCAACGAUGAGGCAGCAGAUUCCAAGCAGGCACUACUCAGAUUUCUGAUGAGCCGGCUGUUGGCCAAGAUGUCGGAGACCCGAAUCCCUCCCACCUUGGUCUGGGCGGGACCGUGGCCCCGGCAACGUCGUCAUUUGCGCCGGCCCCUGGGCCUGGCUCCUGCUUCCAUGUCACAUGGGACCGCACUACUCGGCCUGAACCAUCUGGAGGCCUUGGCAGUGCAGCAGGGGGUACCGCUUGCUAGCACACGCUACUGGCCAGAGUGACGGGGUCUCCAGCCACCCAAGGUUCCUUGCUGCCUGGCUCUCUCCUCCAGCGUGCAUGUUUAUCCCCACCUUGGCACCCAAGCUUAAUAAAAUAGCCUCCUUCGUGCCCCUGCAAGCAAA